AUGUCCACGACUCUCAUCAAGAGCGGGCCCGCCCAGCAGCAGCCCGCGCCCAAGGCCGAUGUUCCCGCGAUUCCUCUCGUCAAUUCUCCCAUCGCUCUGCCAGCAUCAAUUGCCCAUUCGGUACUCCUAGCUGGCUUGUUCUACUGGCGGUUCGAUGCCCUGGUGGCCGACCCUGUCACGACCCUUCAGACUGGUCUUCCCGUAGUUGCUGCUGUUCAGGCAGUCUACUUGAUGCUGAGUCUUCCUCCAGCGGGAUCUUCAUUGUCAUCUAAGAAGCCGCGUCCCGGUGAAAAGAAGAAGUCUGACGGGAGGGAAGCAAAGUCUUUCCCUACCGCUGUUAUUUCUUUGCUUCUGGCACUCAUCCUGACGCCCGCCCUCCAUAUUCUACUCGUCCUUUUCGGCGCGCCGUUCCUUACUCACGCUCCCCACACAUUCUUGUGCUGCGCUCACAUUGCCGUCCUCGCGAUAUACCCAGUCUUCUACGUUCGCGGAUCCGAUCCCGUUCCCCUACAGGCUGUUGUUGGCGUGUCUGCUCCUUUCGAUCAGACAUUUGGCGGCUUUCUCGGAACAGUGGUUGGAGCGUGGCUUGGAGCCGUUCCUAUCCCUCUCGACUGGGAUCGUGAGUGGCAGAAGUGGCCCGUUACGAUUGUUGUUGGAGCCUACCUUGGAUACAUCGUUGGCUCUCAGCUUCUGGGCACUGUCUUUUAUGGAAGGCGCUGGGCCGUUACUCCUGAGCUUAAGGAGGAAUGA